AUGCUUCAAGAAGCGGGAGGACCGCACAUCGCUUCUGCGGGAGCACGAGAGCAGGGUGGGCAGAAGGGCUGGGAGAGAGCACUCGGCUCCAGAAGCCAGAGACACCCGCCCGCCUGCCCGUGGCUGCCUCUUCGCCCCUUGCUCCGCCGCCUCCUCCGGGCUCCUCGGGCUUCCCGCUCCGCCCCGCCCCGCCCCGCCCCGGAGCUGGGUCCGGAGCGCCCUGGUGGGCUGGUUUGGGAGCGUGGAAGGGAACACGAAGCACGGAGGCGAGAGGGAGGCGGCGGCGGCGGCGGCGGCGGGAGGCGGCGGAGAGAGGGGACCCUCCUGGCUGUUCUCCCAAGUCCGCGCGGAGCCGCCUCGGGCCGGGCGGAGGGCUGCGCGGCGGCGGCCGGGCCGGGCCGGGAUGCGGGGCUCCCGGGACCGCGCGGGGCGGGGCGGGCGGCGGCGGGCAGAAGGCGGGAGCUGUCCGUGGUGCUGAAGCGGCGGCCGUGGCAGCGGCCCGGGGGCUCCGGAGCAGAGGUGCCCUCCUGGGAGUUCCACCGCAGCCAGCCACGAGGCGAGAGCGCUGUCGCUCACCAGCCCAUGCCGGGGCCCCGAGCCCCGCGAAGGAGGCGGGACCGGCGUCCUCGGCAGGACAGCAGGCUCUCUGAGGACUGUCCGGCUGGCCCAGACUCCCUUUGCUGGAACUGCCCCCAGAACCAUGGAGAGUCUGAGUGAGCUGCAGAACCCGCUGCUGCCUCGGAGCCCCGCCCAUCUACACCGGCCCUACCCCUACCCCGAGGCCACGCCCAGCUGGUCCUGCCAGGAGAAGCUCUACUCCUUCCUCCUAGGAGGCGCUGACCCCGCCUGCGCCCACCAGCUCCUGGACCCAGGGUCCCUGCAGCUGGCCGUGGAAGCCUGGUACCGGCCUAGCUGCCUCCUGGGGAGGGACAAGGUCAAGGAGCCCAGGGCAGGCAGCUGUGAGACCAGCUUCACAGAGAGCAGGGAGCCCCAGGCUGGGCCCACGGAGCCUGGCCACGCAGAAGAGGAUGUUGCCAUCCAGACUGUGUCCUAUGGGGUUCAAGAGGAGCUGCAGGGGCAGGAGGACGACCCGGAGGAGGAGGCGAGUGACGCAACCUCGACGGAGAGCGAGAGCGAAGACAACUUCCUCUCGCUGCCGCCCAGGGACCACCUGGGGCUCACCAUCUUCUCCAUGCUCUGCUGCUUCUGGCCGCUGGGCAUCGCCGCCUUCUACUUCUCCCAGGGGACCAGCAAGGCCAUCUCCAAGGGGGACUUCCGCCUGGCCAGCACCACCUCCCGCAGGGCCCUCUUCCUGGCCACUCUCUCCAUCGCCGUGGGGGCCGGGCUCUACGUGGCUGUGGUGGUGGCUCUGGCCGCUUACAUGUCCCACAACGGCCACGGCUAGCGGCCGGCGGGGUCUGGCAUCCUGACUCCCCUGCUCCCCCAGAGGGGGCAGCGGGGCGUGAGGUUGCAGACUCUCUGGAAGGCCCUGCCCCGGAAGACGAGCCGGGAGGUGGCUCCCGGGCUGCAGCCUGCGGGUCUCCACCUUCACUUCCUCUCGUCCACUGCUGCUGGCCCCAGAGCAGGGCCGGGGCACCGCUCCCCAGCCGCGCUGUGUUGGGGAAGCAGGAGAGGGCAGUGCUGCCCAUCACGCCAACCAGGCCGGCCCCACCUCUGGCUCGAUGCCAGCUUGGAGCUCAGCCCAUUCUGCCCGCUCCCCAGAGUGUCUCUGCCCUCAGGCAGCCCACUACCCAGCUCUGCCAACCUCUCCACAGAGAAAGAGCAGGAGGUGGCAGGGAGGGAAAGGGAUGCCUGGCGGACAGGAGACUUGGCCAGUCCUUUCCGCUCGGAGGAGUCGCUACCCUGGGCUUCCCCAGUCCCACCGUCCGGCCUCCUGAUGCCCAAACCCAGCCAGCCAGGCGGGAAACACACGGAGACGUAGGGGCCCCUGGCUCUUUCCGGCUCUGGACGGUGCUUAUCCCUCCUGAGGGCUUGUGAGACACCAUAGAUUCUAGAUGGGGGGCAGGGGGGGUGGGUCCCAGGCUUGUAAACUCUGCACCAGGACCAGGUUCUGGGAGCUCCUCUGUGCGGGAACAAAAGGCAGGUGUGAUGGCAGGGGUCCUGAAAUAUUGCCGGCCUCCUGGGGCUCCACACUCUGCCACUGGUCCCUGCUCCCAUCAUCCUUUUCUGGGCUCCUCCUGGGGAUGAGGUGGGGGGGGGGGGCGAGAGGGCACCAUCCCAGGUGAAUGGAGAGAGAGUGUAUCAGCAGCCACUGAGCUCAGGGCCUUCCAUCCUAUGGGAAACCAGCGAGGAGAAGCCCCACUGAGUAGAGUGAGUUUGAUGAAGGAGUGACACAGGGCUGGCAUGACUGAGCAGCCAGCAGGGAUCAGGAAGGCUUCCUGGAGGAGGUGUCCCUUUGGCAAGGUCUAGAAGGAUGAGGAGACUCUAUCUAAGGGAUUUGCUUUCCCAUCACCCUUAGUAUUCACGGGCAGGGAGGUGACAGGAGCCUCCCAAGGGGCGUUCCAAGCUCUUUGAAUUGUGCUGGGAGCACGUGGGCUGGAACCAAAUUGCAAUCAUUUCUGAGGGCUCCACCAACUCAGAGAAGAAGGCUGGGCCUGUCUCUCAAAGACCAAUGCUGUUUUCCCACUUCUGGACGCUGGAGGGCAGUGGUGGGCCCUUGAUCAGCCUCGGGGCUUCUUUGCUGAUGCCCCCCCGCUCAGAGUUGCUCUCACAUCCCAGCAACUAGGGAUCAUCCAGAAUUUUAGAGACAAACAGGCAGGCGGGCAGGAAGGCAGCACACUGGAAGGCAAGCCUGUCAGACAGAGCUCAAGCGAUAAGGCCUCCUUGUGCGUGAUCUGGGGCCCUGGUCACUCCCAGGCCCCAGCCAGGGCCUGGGACUGUGGACCCACCUUGUCCCGCCAUCCACCCUCACCCCAGGUGUCACCCAGCCCUCCAUUCCCUGCUUUCCUUGAAGUCCCACAGGCCUGAGAUCAGCAGUUUUAAUGUCCCACAUUGUGUAUAUUUAUCCUUGUAAUAAACAUUUCUGUAACACCUGG